GCGUGGGGCCCUCUUGGCCAGCGGGCCGGCUCGUUGGCGCUGGUGGGCUGAGACGGGGACGUGGAUGCGGAAGUGGCUGGCAGCCGAGGAGUGGGGCGGCGCGGAUCAUGGCAAAAGCUGGAGGAAAAGGAGUAAACCUGAAAGACAAACUUGAUGGCAAUGAAUUGGACUUGAGCCUGAGUGACCUGAAUGAGAUACCAGUCAAAGAACUGGCUGCGCUUCCAAAGGCUACCAUAUUGGAUUUGUCCUGUAACAACCUCACUUCCCUACCGUCGGACUUCAGCAGUUUGACCCACCUGGUGAAACUUGAUCUGAGUAAAAAUCAGCUUCAGCAGCUCCCCUCAGACUUUGGUCGCCUGGUUAACCUGCAGCACCUGGACCUCCUGAACAACCGAUUAGUCAUGCUACCAGUCAGUUUUGCACAGCUCAAGAAUCUGAAGUGGUUGGAUCUGAAGGACAACCCCUUGGAUCCUACCCUGGCCAAAGUGGCAGGAGACUGCCUGGAUGAGAAGCAAUGUAAACAGGCCGCUAUCAGAGUGCUGCAGCAUAUGAAAACUCUCCAAUCUGAGCAGGAUCGAGAAAGGCAACGAAGGCUACAAGCAGAGCGAGAAAUGGAGAAGAAGCGUGAAGCAGAGCAGCGAGCAAGGGAGGCUCAGGAGAGGGAACUCCGGAGGCGAGAGAAGGCAGAAGAAAAGGAACGCAGGAGACGGGAGUAUGAUGCACUAAGAGCGGCAAGGCAAGAGAUGGAAACACAAACGAAAAAAGAAAGCAAUGAGAUCCCAAAGCUUUCAUCAGUUUCUCAUCCAUCUCAGCUGCCCCGGCACAGGCGCUCCUGGUUCCAGGCAUUGUUGAAGCUGCUGCUCUUGAUAUUUCUGUGUGCCCUUAGUACUGUGGCUGUUUGUCGGGUGACGGAGCUGCAGCGCCAGUCUCUGUGCAUCAGCGUGAACGCUCUCUAUGAGGAUGUGGUAACUGCUCUGCAAAGCCACAAAAUUGUGCAAAAUGUAUUACAUCAGAACUCGCAGCAGUGAUGCUGCUACCUGGACAUGUGCAUUGUCAGCAUCUCUUGCCACCAUUGACACAGCCAGAAUUCCUAUGGAAUUGUGUUCUGGUGAAACUGCCUUUAAUCAGUCAGCACUGGAUUUGCUGGUCCAUUCAGAACAGAGCAGAACUACUGCUUAGAUCAUUUUUGUUGUGCUUGUGUCUCAGCUGGUCUGCAACUCCUGUUUGCUAACAUUAAAUUAGAACAUGUUAAGACUCUCUCCCUCGCUCAUGGAGCAGGAGGUUGCCAGUCAACAGAGGAGUGAGGAAAGCCAUAACCCAUCUGGGUAACUAUGGCCCUGUAAGGAGGUGGAGUAUAUCCAUCUUCUUGCUGACACUUGCAAGAAGGUUCAUGCAAACCUUUGCUAAAAUCAGUGGUGGUGUGGCUGUAUGGUAUAGAAAUAUACAUAAGCCCAUUCCAGGACCCAUUAGAAGUAUGUAGGAUGGCUGUGUAUUGAGACAUCAGGGUGGCGGAGUGAUGAAAUGCUAUUGAAAUAAGAAUUGUCAGCUUUGUCAAUAUAACAGUUUUCGCAGCA